AUGCGCCCCCAGACGCCCCAGGAGCCGCCGACUGCCCCCCAUGCGCCCCCAGACACCCCAGGAACCACCGACUGCCCCCCAUGCGCCCCCAGACACCCCAGGAACCACCGACUGCCCCCAUGUGCCCCCAGGUGCCCCAGGAACCACCGACUGCCCCCCAUGCGCCCCCAGGUGCCCCAGGAACCACCGACUGCCCCCCAUGCGCCCCCAGAUGCCCCAGGAGCCGCCGACUGCCCCCCAUGCGCCCCCAGAUGCCCCAGGAGCCGCCGACUGCCCCCAUGUGCCCCCAGGUGCCCCAGGAACCACCGACUGCCCCCCAUGCGCCCCCAGAUGCCCCAGGAGCCGCCGACUGCCCCCAUGCGCCCCCAGACGCCCCAGGAACCACCGACUGCCCCCCAUGCGCCCCCAGACGCCCCAGGAGCCGCCGACUGCCCCCAUGUGCCCCCAGGUGCCCCAGGAACCACCGACUGCCCCCCAUGCGCCCCCAGAUGCCCCAGGAGCUGCCGACUGCCCCCCAUGCGCCCCCAGAUGCCCCAGGAGCUGCCGACUGCCCCCCAUGUGCUCCCAGAUGCCCCAGGAGCCACCAACUGCCCCCAUGCGCCCCCAGACGCCCCAGGAGCCGCCGGCUGCUCCUCAUGUGCCCCCAGACGCCCCAGGAGCCGCCGGCUGCUCCUCAUGUGCCCCCAGACGCCCCAGGAGCUGCCGGCUGCCCCUCAUGUGCCCCCAGACGCCCCAGGAGCCACCAACUGCCCCCAUGCGCCCCCGACACCCCAGGAGCUGCUGACUGCCCCUCAUGUGCCCCCAGAUGCUCCAGGAGCCACCAACUGCCCCCAUGCGCCCCCAGACGCCCCAGGAGCCGCCGACUGCCCCCCAUGUGCCCCCAGACGCCCCAGGAACCGCCAACUGCCCCCAUAUGUCCUCAGAUGCCCCAGGAGCCGCCAACUGCCCCCCCAUGUGCCCCCAGACGCCCCCAUGUGCCUCACUGAGGCCAACAGCACCCACCCGCCUGCCCCUAGGGCUGGACGUGGUGCAGGGCUGGCCUCGGCCGGUCCAGCCCCGCCCAGCCCCGCCCAGCCCUGUGAGCAGCGCCGAGGCUGGCGGGGACAGGAAUGGGUCAGGCUGCCGGGAGACGCGGCUUCAUCCCGCUCUUCCCUGCAACAGGCUUUUGUUUAG